GUGCCGCCGGCAUGACGGGCCGCGUGUGCCGCGGGUGCGGCGGCACCGACAUCGAGUUCGACGCGGCGCGCGGCGAUGCCGUGUGCACUGGCUGCGGCUCGGUGCUCGAGGACAACAUCAUCGUGUCCGAGGUGCAGUUCGUAGAGAACAGCGGCGGAGGCUCCUCGGCUGUGGGCCAGUUCGUGUCUCUGGACGGGGCUGGCAAAACCCCGACCCUGGGCAGCGGCUUCCAUGUGAAUCUGGGGAAGGAGUCAAGAGCACAGACCCUGCAGAACGGGAAGAGGCAGAUCCACCACUUGGGGAAUCAGCUGCAGCUGAACCAGCACUGCCUCGACACGGCCUUCAACUUCUUCAAGAUGGCUGUGAGUAAGCACCUGACGCGGGGGCGGAAGAUGGCCCACGUGAUUGCCGCCUGCCUCUACCUGGUCUGCCGGACAGAGGGCACACCACACAUGCUCCUGGACCUCAGCGACCUGCUCCAGGUGAACGUUUACGUGCUGGGGAAGACGUUCCUCCUCUUGGCGAGAGAGCUCUGCAUCAACGCGCCGGCAAUAGACCCCUGCCUGUACAUCCCGCGCUUCGCCCACCUGCUGGAGUUCGGGGAGAAGAACCAUGAGGUGUCCAUGACGGCCCUACGGCUGCUGCAGCGUAUGAAGAGGGACUGGAUGCACACGGGCCGGCGCCCCUCGGGGCUCUGUGGUGCAGCCCUUCUGGUCGCAGCCAGGAUGCAUGACUUCCGGAGAACCGUGAAGGAGGUCAUUAGUGUGGUCAAAGUGUGCGAGUCCACGCUGCGCAAGAGACUCACUGAAUUUGAAGACACCCCCACCAGUCAGCUGACUAUUGAUGAAUUCAUGAGGAUUGACUUGGAGGAGGAGUGCGACCCCCCCUCGUACACGGCAGGACAGAGGAAGCUGCGGAUGAAGCAGCUGGAGCAGGUCCUGUCAAAGCAGCUGGAGGAAGUUGAAGGUGAGAUCUGCAGCUAUCAGGACGCAAUCGAGAUUGAGCUAGAAAGCAGCCGGCCGAAGGCGAAGGGGGCCCUCGCCACCCUGGCCAAAGAUGGCUCCAUCGAGGACACUGUGUCCAGCUUAUUUGGCGAGGAGGAUGUGGAGGACGAGGAGCUGGAGGCUGCUGCCAGCCACCUCAACAAGGACUUUUACCGGGAGCUCCUUGGCGAUGGCCUGCCCGGCAGUUCAGAAUCGGCGGGGAGCACCGAGGAGGGGAGCCGGCCCCCCGCCCUGGAGUCUCUGCUCGGGCCCCUGCCCACAGCGGCCAGUCUGGGCAUUUCUGAGUCCAUCCGCGAGUGCAUCUCCUCCCCAAGCCGGGACCUCAAAGACACCUUGGAGGAUGGUGAACUGGACCUAAGUGGCAUUGACGACCUCGAAAUUGACAAAUACAUCCUGGACGAGGCGGAGGCCCGCGUGAAGGCCGAGCUGUGGAUGCGCGAGAAUGCCGAGUACCUACGCGAGCAGCGGGAGAAAGAAGCCAGAAUCGCCAAGGAGAAGGAGCUCGGCAUCUACAAGGAGCACAGGCCAAAGAAGUCGUGCAAGAAGCGGGAGCCAAUCCAGGCCAGCACGGCCGGGGAGGCCAUCGAGAAGAUGCUGGAGCAGAAGAAGAUCUCCAGCAAGAUCAACUACCACGUGCUGCGGGACCUCAACAGCACGGGCGGGGGCGGCCCACUCGGGGAGGACGAGGGGCCGCCGGGGGAGGGUGCAGGCCCGCAGGGGCCAGCUGGCGCCAGGAAGCUGUCGCGGAGGAGGACGCUGGCCGGCCGGAGUGCAACCGACUCCACCGCUAGCGGGGGAAAGAGAUUGAGGCCUCUGGUGUCUGCGCAGCCAGCCAAGAAGGCGGCCCUCAGAGAGGCCGUGCUCUCGAGCCCCCCGGCCCCCGGUGCUGAGCCUGUGAGGCCGGCAGCUGUCGUGGUGGAGAGUGGGCCCGUGUCCUACCACCCUGACGAGGAUGUGGACGAGGACGAUGCCGAGGAGGAGGAGGGCGAACCCUGCGUGAGCGCCCUGCAGAUGAUGGGCAGCAACGAUUAUGGCUGUGAUGCUGACGAGGAUGAUGGCUACUGACAUGGGCCCCCGCUCUGCGGGCGGCUGCACCCAGCAGUGGACGCGGCCUUGGUCCACAGAACACCCAACGGGGCGGCCGUGCCUCCCGGGCAAGGUGGGCAAGAGACUCAGUGAGGAGAGGUGGCGUCCAGCGCUGGC